UUGAUUUUCACAGUUCCAACUAUUCUGGAAUACAAGACGCCAAAGGCUGGUAAAGAGUGAGAUUCUUUCCAUCUUGAAAGAUACUGAGGAUACAAUCAGAAGUGGGGCAUGGGCUCAGGCAGAAGAGGAGGAGGACUGUGAGAAUAGCGACUAAACAUAUCUGUGUCGUCCUCGCGACGUGAGGAAACCGCUAUCGCAAUACUUAUUUAUAAAAAUUUAUGAAUCAUCUUGGUACUGUUUUCUGCUGAUGUAUAUAAGAUCAAGAUUCCUAUACUUUUAACUUUUACAUAAUUUCCAUUUUUAUUUUCUUGACAACAUAGUGACAAAUAGAAAUACACAUUAGUUGGCUUGGGGAGUAGCGGAAAACCUUAUGUUGGUGGGUUGGGAAAACCACUACUUAUCACCCUGACCGGAUUUUUAGAUAGGCAUAUCGUUUAAAACAUAAAACAAUUCUUCCCAAUACUCGUUGAUUGGGAACGGCUCCCAUAAUGGUUCAUUUAAUUUUCAUUUAAUUCACUCCACAGAAACAAAAUAAAAAGUUUAGGAAUCUUGACAUAAUUUAUGUUGUAGUUUUAGCCUUCUUUUGUUAUUCCAACAAUCGUUUUAUCUUUAUAUUGGUUUUUGUCGUGAGCAUUAUGUAUAUUAUUUAUAAAAAGUGUAAAUUGGAUUAAAAUCAACCAUGAAUCAUUAAGGAUUAAUUCUCUUUUCCACCUCAUAAAACGAUGGAACAUCUUCCCUUCCAAAAGCCCUUUUUCAUUAAUCGGUCCAUUCCUGGAUACACUACGCAGUGUCGGUCCCAGUACCAAUAUAAUGGCCAGAAUGUGGUUUUAAUUCUGUCCACCAACGUCAGCUGGAAGUUGUCAUACUUCAUUAAGGCAUCUGGAAUCCAUGACGUGUCCGCGUGAAAUCCGUAAAGGUCAAAAAACCUGAAACAAUUGUAAUGUAUUUUCCUUCCUAUAAGUGCUUACACUUCUCCAAAAUCACAUUUGAGACAUGCAAAUAUGUAAUGAUGCCUUAUUAUCAAGGGGGAAGGACACUGCCAUCGAAUAAAAUAUGAAGGCUUGUAAUUAAUUUUUAAUCGUUUCUUCCUAUUCCAUUGUAAGAGGAUUUCUUACCAGUUUUCCAAAAUUUUAAGUUAAAAAAAUUAAUUUUAAUGUUUGCCUACUCUUAAAGAGAUUACACCAGACCUCCUCCGACGGUCAAACUAAAUUUUCCCAGUGCACCAUGUACGCGAGGACAGCGGCUCAAUUAUCAAAUGUCCAAAUGGGUGGGAGUACGAUAGUACUGUUUUUCAUAUCAUUACUCCAAGACGAAAGUAUGGAGUUUGCUCCUCAAAGCAGUGGUGGCACUCUUGGUAUGCAAAUUAACUUUUGUGUGUGUGGUUCAUGGGUAUGUUAUCAGCUCUCCAUCAGUAAAGCACAGUAGUACAGAGUACGAGUCCACAAUUUCAUCUGCUUACAACUGGGUUUGCGAAUUUGCAGACAACCCGACGGAUGCCUUUACGGUAAAAAUACAAAUAUUUACAAAUUCAACUCGUCUAAAGAUAAUUCUUGAUGCGAUAUGAUUUACAUGAAGUAAUUAUUUAGUGGUGUUUCGCUUCACAAUGCUAAAUAUGAGUAUGCAUCAAUAUUUUAUAUUACAGGCCCAAGCAUUUGGCAAUGCUGUUGGGACUCUGGUAUUGGGUCACCUUUCAGACAAGAUGGGUAGGAAACCAAUCUUCUUUCUGACCAUCCUCAUAAAUGUGGUGUUUCGCAUGAUAAGUUUCUUUGUUGUCCACAAUAUUGUAAUGUUUCAUAUUACCCAAUUUAUUGCUGGGACUGCUUUUCCAAUGAUGUUUAUUGCCCCGUCAAUGAUCCUGGCUGAAAUUUGCGACAAGGAGUACAGAGGCCAUGUUUAUGCCGUGACGUGGAUGAUUUGGGUGGUCGGAAUGGCAACUUUGCCACUGGUCGUUUGGUUUUGCAGAGAAUGGUUUCUAAUUGGAGUUACAACCACAAUACCUGGAGCACUGCUAUUCCUCUACUGGUUUUACCUUCCCGAGUCUCCGAGGUGGCUUUUCUCCGUGGGAAAGUUGGAAGAAGCCGCCAGCGUCCUUCUGAAAAUUGCAAAAUCCAACGACAGGGCAGACCGAGUAACCAAAAAACAACUUGACAGCACUCUGUCACGUCUGUAUAGUUUACAGGCCAAGUCUGAAGGCAGGACUGGGGUGUGGACGCUAUUUAGUAGGAUGAGACUAGCCAAGAACACGGUCCUUCUCACCGUCUGUUGGUCCAUUAACAUAGUGGUCUACUACGGCAUAACGCUAAACACAACGCAAAUGUCUGGAAAUCAAUUCGUGAAUUUUUUCAUGCUCUCUAUAAUUGAGCUUCCUUCUGGAAUGUGUGGAGCAUAUCUUGUUGAUCGUGUCGGGCGAAGAUGGACCCAGGUCGUUUUCUUCUGUGGGUGCACUAUGGCGUGUGUUGCCUCUGCAGCGAAUGUGCAAUUUUUGAAUAAUCCAGUAAUUGAAGUUCUGGAUAAAAUAUUUUUCGUAUUUUGGAUGGUGUUCAUUGUGAUUUUCCAUUUGGCAGCUUUCCCUAGUUUUUAGCAUUAACUCAUCACAAACUAUAAACAUUUAAAUAUUGAAUGGCUCUUAUACAUGUCGAUCUGUAAAAUAGAUUUGUAGGUAGAAUACUCAAAUGUACCAAUAUGUAAAGAUUUAUAUACAAAUUAUAAUGCCAAACCAAAGAGGGGAAGUUGACAGUACUCGAUUUUGAUACCCAUUAGCCGAUGAAUCUGUUAAAACCUCCAACUGGUUUUACUCCGUGGAGGUCAACCACACACCCCUAAAGGAACGAAAAACACGAACAAACCGUUUUUUCCGUUCAAACCAUCGCCAAAAAUCCAAUUCUAGUCGGAUUUUAAAAAAAUUUAUUUUCUUGAUCAUAGCUUUAUGCUCCAUAUCAAACUCAAUUUUUUCUAAAUUUCCCUAGUCAAGAAAUUUUUGAAAAUAUUAUACAAAAAUUAAAAAAUUGAGUUUCAUGUUGGAUAUGGAAAACAACUAUCCAGAAUCAGGAGAAUCCGAAAAUGAUCACAAUCGGAUGAAUACUAAAUGUGAAGGAAAACUUUACUUUACUUCUCAUACACCUUCCCAAUAAUAUUUAGAACAUAUCCAAAGGGUAUCAAAAUCGGUACUGCCAACCUCUCCUCUUGAAUUAGAGUAAAUAAUAAAUAUUUAUAACCGUGUUUAUAACCCUG